UGCUGUGAGACAAACUGAUAAACUCGAGGAGAGAGGCGGCGAGGAGCUGAACUCAGGACUACCACUGCGCGAAUAUAUACUGUACAGUGUACACCCUGACAUAGAGAGACAGAACUAGGGGCCACGAGCCAGCCAAAGCAUGACUGCGCAUCAUCUGCGCUUGGAUAUACCAAACACUCGCACACAUUCCUACCAAACCGAGAUAUGAGGUCUAGGAACGAGGAAACACGAGGAAACUGAAACAGCUCUGGGUGAUGGACUCAAUGCGCAACUUGGAAUUCUGUUGGACACGGUUUUGUUUUCAUUAAUUCCAGAACGUUUUUUGGCUAUAUUGAGGACGUGCACAAGUUACGACAUAAAGGACUAACUUCACAGUGCCAUUCAGAAACAACUUAUUAUUUAAGAAAUACAUUUUGCUCGAAUAAUGUCCAGGUUUAUGCCGAUGAAGUGAGGGACAUGUUUUGGUAACACGCCAGUUAGUCUGCGGAGGCUCAACCAUUGUAUGAGCUAAAUCUGUUCAAACCAAUGUUUUCUUGAAGCUAAUUGAAGAUAAUGUCAUAUUUGUUAGAAUAACGAUGGUUUAUUUGUUCUUAAAUUAGCCUAUCUACACAGCUUGUAUAUGCUCAGAUAGCCCUGCUGUGUGCGUCUCCCAAGAGACAGCGGGGAUUUGAGGGAGAAAAGGCGCGCGCACUGAUAUCUGAAGUUGGCUAUCAUACCCAGGGAAAAGUGGUUGUAACUUGUUCCCAAUUUCGCCUGUGUCGCCUUGUAUUAUAGGCUAAAAUUAGAUUGAAAGGCUAUUUCUGUAACCGCCCGGCCAUAACGUUCUGCCUCUUUAAAAUAUCCAAACAAUCAAGCAGCUGUGAGAUUACAAUCCAUUCUGUUUUGUGUGUUGGACUACUUUUAAUUGUUUGAGCAGUUUUAUUUUCAUACUGUAAAUUUUCUACAUAGCCCCGAUCGACGGGAAAUAUAAUUGCGCUCUACUUUAUUCAGGGCACUCGAAUAGAAAACCAUUGACCAGUAUAGCCUGGCGCACUCCAUGGGCAUAGUUUAUCGUUUGGCUUAUUAGAAUGGACUUGGAGGAUGAAAUUGGGAGGAGAAGGUGAAUGAACUGCGAUAACACGAAAUUAAGACUUUUUAUAGGCUGUAGAAUGAAAAGUUACAGGCUAAUGUUUUUUCCCUAAACUUUUCAGUGAACCCUUUGACAGCAACAUAAACAAGCUCAGCUAUAUUACUGCUUUUUUAGGAUAUCAUUUUACGUCAGCCAUCCUAAAGGACUAUAAAACAAACAUAUUUAUUACAACAACAUUUUAUUCAUCACUUUAAUCAACCCCAUCCAUCUUGUUAGUCAUGGCUUCACCUUUGGAUAGUGCAUGUUCAGUGGGGCUGGGCGACACUAAUAGCUCGACCAGCGGUUCAUCUCUUCCCUGCAAUCAGAGCGUCUCUUCCCUGCAACUGGCCCCUUACUCCCCCGAAGCCACAGCGCUCUUUGCUACGGCCAUCACCCUCAUGAUAGUCUUUACCAUCGUGGGAAACAUCUUCGUCAUCAUCGCCGUCCUGACCAGCCACGCACUCAGAGGACCACAGAACCUGUUUUUAGUGUCACUAGCAGCUGCGGACAUUUUAGUGGCGACCCUCAUCAUCCCGUUCUCCCUGGCCAAUGAACUGCUGGGUUACUGGUACUUCAAGUCUCUGUGGUGUGAGAUCUACCUGGCGCUGGACGUUCUGUUCUGCACUUCUUCUAUAGCUCACCUGUGCGCCAUCUCAUUGGACCGUUACCUGUCCAUCAGCCGGGUUACCUACUCCCGCCAGCGCACGCCCAUGCGUAUCAAAGCCUCUAUCGUGGUGGUGUGGCUCAUCUCGGCCAUCAUCUCCUUUCCUCCUCUACUGUCGCUGAAUAAGAGCGAGCCGGGCGGUGAGGGUAGUGAGAGGGGGCCUCAGUGCCAGCUGAACGACGAGCGCUGGUACAUCCUCUACUCCACCGUCGGCUCCUUCUUCGCCCCUUGUCUCAUCAUGAUCCUGGUCUACAUGAGGAUCUACCAGAUCGCCAAGCAGCGCACACAGAACCCGCCAGGCGAGCCCAGGAAGGAUGGGGUGGGCUGUGCCACCCCAAGUCAAACCCCUCGGGGGAUCCAAGCCAACGGGAAGGAGGAAGGAGGGGAAACCCCAGCUAUUCCCCACAAAACUUCCAGCGUCAGACCACCCACCCUGGCUAUUACUCCAUCACUGUCCCCGGACCAGGCCAAAGAGACCCCCUCCUCUCCCACCCCCAAUAACCUCCUCCAUCCUCCGGAUCCAUCCCUAGCUCCAACCCCAACCACCACCUCCCCUCCUACCUCCCCCCUGGGUCCCUCUCCCUCCUCAGUCUCUCCCUCUCCCUCCUCCACCCUCCCCCCACCAGCCCCGGCCAAACCCAAAGAUGGGGGGAAAAAGGGGAAGAAGGGGAAGAAGUAUAACAAUAAUGGGGACAGCUCAAACAGCUCUGACAGUGACAUGGAGCACGAGGGAGGGGGGAGGAGGGGAGUCAACACACCUAGCAUGGCGGGUUCACCCGGCAUCCACUCCCCUGCCACCAUCCAGAAGUACAGGGACAUGAUUGUCACAUCUAAGGGGGCUCGGCUGGUGGCGGGGAGGAGGUCUAAGCCAGACACCACUCCAGGAGCGGCACGUCGUAAAGCCAUGGUGAACCGAGAGAAGCGCUUCACGUUCGUCCUGGCCGUGGUGAUCGGAGUGUUUGUCGUCUGUUGGUUCCCUUUCUUCUUCUCCUACUCGCUGCAGGCCAUCUGUCCUGAAACCUGCACCCUCCCUGAUCCCCUCUUCAAGUUCUUCUUCUGGAUCGGCUACUGCAACUCUUGUCUGAACCCCGUCAUAUACACCAUUUUCAACCAGGACUUCAGGAAGGCCUUCAAGAAGAUCCUCUGUAAGAACACCAAGGGCACCUUCUUCUAGACUGGAUGCUUUGUAAGGACACCAACGACAACCUUCCUUUAGUAAAGGGGCCUUAAACAGAUUACCUGUAAGGUCAGUCCCUUCUUUUCACUCCCCUCUAAACCCUUUAAGGUGUACAAAACAGCACAAAUAUUCUGUCCUUUUCCAAGAAAUUUCACUGAUUUUUUGAUUCUAUUUGAUGACAUUACAAAUGGCUGCCAAUUCUAUCGUGAACUGCUACAGACUUUCCAAAUAGAAUGCGGACUCAGAAUAGCUGUAGAAAAGCUCACCUCGCAACAGUGUUAAAAAUACCUUGUGUAAGAAAGAAACUGUCUAAGGGCUUGUUGUUUUAGUCCCUUGGUGCAUAUCUGCACAAGUCCGGCUGUUACCUGGAGAAUUGUGACGGUCCAUUGCAAGGACAUAGUGUGGGGAGAGCAUGUGCAAUAUAUGUUCCGUGACUUCUACUCUGGGGGGCUUUAGAAUAAUACUGUGUACGAAUCUGAUUAUGAUCUUUUGUUAAAAGGUAGGAGGCAUGUUUUGAGGUGUGAGCAUCACACAGUAUGUACAGAAAGUGGAUGGAGAGGAGGAAGAGAGGAGGGAAAGAAAACGCCAUUUUGGCUUUUUAGUCACUCGUGACAUAAAGGACAUGUUGUUGCUUGUAAAAUGACAGUGUAGCACUACUCUCAUCAGAAUCUGUCUGACUGACUCAUAUUGUCUGGAGAAUCCGUUUAAUUUAAAAUUGAGAAACGUUUGGGUCCAGAAGUAUACCACUAGGGUUGCAAUAUUCUGGAAACUUUCAAUAAAUUCCCUUGUUUUCCUGAAAUCCCUGUUGGAAGAUUCCCAGAAUCAGGAUGGAAUAAGCAGGAAAUCCAGAAUUAUGGGAAAACCAGGGAAUUUAUUGAAAGUUCCUGGAAUUUUGCAACCCUAUACACCACUGCUCACUGAGAACUCCUGAUCUACACACAACAUUCUUUAAAACAAACCAAUAUCCUUUUAUCAGCCGUCUGAAAAACAAAACAGAACAACGUAAGGAGAUGAUAGGCUUGUCCUGUUUUGGAGAGAUAGAGGACUGAGAAUGAACCCAAAUACCUGUCAGCCUGUUUAAGUACCUCUAUCAGAGGGCAGAACCAUGAGGAACACACAAGACCCAGGUCGCCUGUCUACUUACUUCUACAUAGUUACUUUUUUCCUGCCUCAGGAAUAGCAUACGUUCCUGUAGAGAUGUUAUCCACAUGAGAGAGACAACAACAAUACUUUUACUGUUCAACUCCCUCUCAAACACUGAUCCCCACCACUGCUGUAAUGUGGGGCUUAGGCUAUAUUUUGAAAGACACCUUUGUACCACAAACAUACCUUGCCUCUGGCUCUGUGAAGACAGCGGGUGCAUCUCAAUAGUCCAUUAUUUGUUCCUCUACUCUUGUCUUUUUCUUCAUCUGCACUGAAAAACAAAGGAUAUAUCGGUGAAUGCAAUAAGAAGGAUCAGGAAUUUGUUUCCACCUGCCCAGCUCUGGGUCAGUGCAGGUGGACUAAAAGAAGAUGAAGAGAAGAAACCAUUUAACACACUCUCUAAAUCCCAAAUGACACCCUAUUCCCUUUAUAGUGCACUACUUUUGAUCAGGGCCCAUAGGGCUCUAGUCAAAAGCAGUGCACUAUGUAGGUAAUAGGGUGCCAUUUGGGAUUCCAAGUGUCUCACAGAGAGCCUUAAAGGUACAGCUCCACCUCUCCUCCAAUAGCAUUACACCACAGGGUGACCUCUGUUUCCAAUUUUUUUACAUUUACAUUUUAGUCAUUUAGCAAACGAUCUUAUCCAGAGCGACUUACAGUUAGUAUUUUCAUACUUUUUUUUCCCAUACUGGUCUACCUUGUUCCACCAACAUCAACAUGGAUUGGGUCUGUACAUUUAAAGGGAAAAAAGUAUUUGA